AUGGGUCGGACAUCACGAGUGGCACCGGAAUCAAGUGAUGAGAGCAAAAGUGGUGUCACAUCUAACGGCAAGAGUUCAUCCAAUAGUCAGUUAGCCUUUGAAAACCUGGACCUCUCGUCGGCUAUAACGGGAAAAGUGAUUGAAACUAAUCUCUCGACAACUAAUUUACGUCUGACUGAAAACGAUAAACCGGUUAAACCAAAGCGUAAGCCUCGCAAACGACUGGCCAGAUCUGUGUCCGAAGUGGUCGAGGAGAAGGAGAAACGAGAGAGAAAUGUCAUCUCAAGAUUCGCUUAUAAAUAUAGACGAAAUGGUGUUUUCGGUAUCUGUGUAGCAGUUGUCGAUGAAAUACAUAUAUUUAAAUACCGGUGCGGAAAGUGUUCACGGUUUUGCUAUAAUAAAGUCACGUGUCAAAAACAAAAGGACGAGGAUAAUUAA